AAGGGGGAGAGAUCCUCCACGAGCUGGCUCACCCCUCCACUGCGUGCACCAGGAGCCCGGAGCCGGGACUCUGCUGGGUCCUGGGCCGAAGCACAGGAAGUAGGGAAGCCUACGGUGCCACGCUGCACCCCCACGUGACAUCACAGUUGGAUUCCCCGCUGCCUUGGGCCUGGACGAGGCAGUCCCUUAGUGUGGCCGCCUGGGGUGGGGUGCUCCCAUGGGGCUGCACCUCGUUCACAGCAGCCUCCCCCACUCCCCAGGGCCCAGGCACUUCUCCCAGCUCUCCGGCAAGUGCUUCAGCCUGGUGGAGUCCACGUACAAGUACGAGCUCUGCCCGUUCCACAACGUGACGCAGCACGAACAGACCUUCCGCUGGAACGCCUACAGCGGGGUGCUCGGCGUGUGGCACGGGUGGGACAUCGUCAACAACUCGUUCGCGGCCAUGUGGAUGCGGGAUGGAGACUCCUGCCGCGGCCGCAGCCGGCAGAGCAAGGUGGAGCUUGCCUGCGGGAAAAGCCAUCGGCUGGCCCACGUGUCCGAGCCCAGCACCUGCAUGUACGCGCUGACCUUCGAGACGCCGCUGGCCUGCCACCCGCACGCCCUGCUAGUGUACCCGGCCCUGCCCGAGGCCCUGCAGCGGCGCUGGGACAAGGUGGAGCAGGACCUGGCUGACGGCCUCAUCACGCCCCAGGGCCGCGACAAGCUGCUGCGUGUGAUAUUUGAGGAUGCUGGGUACCUGGGCACUCCAGCGAGUGAGCAGCCCGCGCAGCAGGAAGGACGCCCCCAGAGCCUGGCGCUGGAGACCCUGGAGCAGUGCAGGAUGGCCCACGCAGAACUGACCUCAGAGGUGGCAAGGCUCAGCGGCCUGCUCAGCCGCCACGGCAUCCCGCACACCCGGCCCACUGGCCUGCCCGCUCCACCGGGGGACGGCGUGUGA